CUCCCUCGGCCGGGCAGGGGCCGCGCUCCCGGAGCGCUUUCCGCCGCCGUUUGUCUCCCGUCUCUUCCCGUUCGCAGGGGCAGCUGCUACUGCGCAACCCCAUCCCCGCCCGCUCCAGCGCCACCGCCUCCUCUGCGCUGCCCGACAUCACAAACUUCAGCUGCUGCUCAGGACUCUUGCAAUGUGAACUUAGAUACCAUUCCAGAGUGGGUGAAAUGUGUCAUUGAAAAGGCAGAGUGGACAAUUGGAAAACCACACUGUCCAUUCUGUAAGGCCUGCUUAGUGGGCUUUAACUUUGUUUGCAACAAAAGAUAUUUCUGUGGACAGUUAGUAAAUAUACAUUUCUGCAAAACUCAGACUGACUCUCAACCAUCUUUCUCUGUUAAAUUGUCAAAAUCAUCAGGAAAACAUUAGCCUGUCCUCAAAAAUCAGUCUGGUUUUAGCAAGGAUACCUGCCACAAAGUGGUAACUGCAACUUUGCAAAUCAAAAGUCAAGGACUUUCCUACAUGGCCAGAAAUAAUAAUGGUCCUGGAAAAUUAACAGAAGCACUUUGUCUAGAAGUAAAAGCUCCAAGAUAUGAGAUGAAAAGUAAAAAACUUCCCUUAAGGGCAUUAAACCAGAACAGAAAUCUCUCUUCUUCCUAUCCUAUAAAUGAUGCAUGCACUGUAAAACCUUUUCACAGAAGAUCACGUAGUUUGGAUUUACAUAUCAGAGAGAGACUGUUUUUGUCACCUGUGUUAAAUGAAACUUGCAGUAUGGGAACAAUUUACCAUGGCCAUAAUGAAAACCCACCUGUUUACACACAGGGUGGCUUGCAACUAGAGUCCAAUAGGAAAGAUGGUAGUUCUUUUCAGGACCUGUGUAGUUCUAGUGCUGCCAAACUACAAAACCAAUUUCAAGUUACAUCCUUUACCACAUUACUGCACAGAGGAACAGAAAGUGAAUGUGAUUUUAGAGCUCAUGGACAAUCUUCUGCAAGUAUUGUUGCUGAUAGGUUACCAUUUGUGCUGAAACUUUCUUCACCUAUGAGGGCUGUAGAAGACAAACAGUACCUCACACCUGUUGGUCUUGUGCAGCGCGCAAGUAUUUCCUUCAACCAAAAGCUGAGAAAGAGAGAAAGAAGCAAGUUGAAAAGCCUGAGGAGAAAGCAAAGAAGGUGAGAACGAUGGCUACAGAACCAAGCAGGUGAUGAAAAUUAA